AUUCUUCUGCCACCUCUUCUCCCUUAGGACGGCAGCCCUUUAAAGCAUCCUCACUUCCCAAACUGCUUCGGCUGUUUGCAGAAGCUUCCACAGCUCUCAGGAGACCUGCUUCGGCUGGUCGGCAUCCCGACUCCUGAACAGCCCUGUGUGCUGCUGAAACUCCGCCACGACCAGAGCCUGAGUGGAAAAACAUAGGAAGGGCUGAGAAGGCUCCAGAACUGGUUUCAACAACUUUUUCAAGUUUGGGAGAUCAUCAAGAGCUUGCCAGUGAUACUGAUAAUAACUGCCUCUGCGGGAAGUGACGAAAACAAAACAGAAGGAAAGAGGACAAAUUGAGAGGGACAGAAAGAGCUGUCCCAUCGGUCAUCUUUGCUAUAGUGAAGCUUUUGGAGGGCUUAGUGGAAAACUAAAAGGGCUGAGGUUUCACAUAUUGCUUCGGUGAAGUCCCUUUUGAAGUACCCCUAGUAUCAGCAACCAGCUCCAGAGGCUAGGAACACCAGGUGGGAGGAAGGGACAUCAGUGAAAGUGUCUUGCUCCUGGAACAGCUCCUUGCACAUCAACUAGCACCAGGCCAUUUCAUCCCCCAUUGGAGUGUUCCUCAGUGCUGGGGGCUGUGCCAGCACGGUCCCCACUGCAGCACACACUUCAGCCCCCUGACGAGAUGGCCACCUUCAUCACUGAGAUCUUCAACUUCCUCUCCUUGUUCUCCAUGAACAAAGAUUCACUGCUUUUCAAUGGUUUGGUGGCCCUGGGCACGCUGGGGACUGAGGAGCUCUUCUCAUUCAUUGUCUUCAACUGCCCUUGCUCCCCUUCUCUCAACUACAAAUAUGGGAUGACUGUCAUCAUUGUCCCAGCCCUGGCCCUCUUCUUCAUGGGUGUCAUCUGGAACAACCAUACCUGGAAACUGGUGGACGAGUACCACAUGCGUGGCAUCAAGAACUUCUCUGCUGCUGCCACCUUCCUCCUCUUUGGCUCCAUCGUGGGCUGGGCAUCUGUGGCACCCAUCACUUGGUCAGUCAUCUCACUGCUGCAUGGGGAAGCUUACAUCUGUGCCCUCAGCGAGUUUGUCAAGCCAUCCUCCAUGGACAAUUUUCCCACUAAGUAUGGAGCUGAGGUGCUGGCCAAGUUCCCCUGUAAAGAUGUCCCAGCAAACCUCACCAAACUCAGUGAUGAAGUGACGCGGAGACUGAGAUACGAGUCCCAGCUCUUUGGAUGGGUGUUCCUCAGCAUCGUUGUGAUCCUGGUUUUGGUCACCAAGUGCCUGAAACACUGCUGCUUGCCACUGAGCUGCCGGCAGGAGGCUUACUGGGUCCAGUACUGCUCCAACGAGGACAAGCUCUUCCGACGCACAGCUGAGGUCCACUCCAAGAUCCAGGCAGCCAAGAAUGUGAAAAAAUUCUUUGGCUUUGUGGCACUGGACAAGGAAGAGAAGGAGCUGGUGCAGGAGUUCCCGAUGGACAGCAUUCAGCUGAGCUUCCCAUGGAAUGACAUCAAAGGUGUUGACAUCUACCAAGAGAACAAGAGCUUCCCCCUCUACAGCUGCCUCCACAAAUGGGCCAAAGAGAUGGAAGGGAAGGGGCCAACCCCAGAAGCCAUCGUCUGAUAUUUUUAGCUUCCUAAGACAGAUGUGCACCAGCAGCGCUUCCCCAGAAUGCCUGGCAGGCCUUCCAGUAUCAGUGCUCAGCUCAGGGAUGCCCUGGGAAGCUGAGCCCCUGAGCCUGUCAGGGAAACUUCUAGGCUGAUUCCUUGGAAGAAUCUGCCACAGGCUUUGGGAAAGCCUCAUGGCUUAGGGUGAGCAAAAAGGCUUCUCCCAUGGUGCUCUACAACAUUAUGUUAAUCCAGCUCAGCUUGCUUUUCCCAUUGGCCUGUGGGCCUUGCCCACUUCUUUUGUUCAUAUACGUCCCUGGUGCUCAAGGUUUCUCCUUUCUCUGUUUCCCCAUUGGUUGUGGUAUCACUGAUGCCCCAUCCUUAUGUACCCUGAAGGUCAUUGCCUUUGCCCUACCCUCGUACCUCCCCUUGUCCUCUGACCAUUGGUUCCCGACCCCAUACUUAACCC